CUUGCUUCCCCUCCCUCCAGGCUGCGUCUCCUUUUCUCUUCCAGGCACAACAGCUGGGAACCCGAAGAGAAUAUUCUCGACCCAAGGCUGCUCCUUGCUUUCCAAAAGAAGGAGCAUGAGAAAGAGGUGCAGAAUCGCAGGGAUCCGGGGGGGGAGGUCCCUGGAAAUCAAUGUGUAUACUGUGGAAGCGCUUCACUGCGCACAGUUCCGCCAGGUGUCUUAACUCCGGCUCCUGUUCUCCCUGCCCCCUCCCUGUUUACUUUUGUUUUAAAGGAACCAGAGGCGCCUCCAAAAAUCAAGUCAAGUAGCUCCUCCUCCUCCAGCUCCUCUUCCUCCUCCUCCUCUGAUGAAGAGGAUGAGAGCGACCUGGAGGCAAAGCGAGGUCCCCGGAGUCGAGAGACCCACCCUGUGCCACAGAAGAAAGCUCAGAUUCUGGUGGCGAAGCCGGACCUGAAAGACCCUGUCAGGAAGAAGCGGGGGCGGAAACCGCUGCCUCCGGAGCAGAAGGCCGCCCGCAGGACUGUGAACCUGGCAAAGGUGCUGAAGUCGACCCGAAAGGAGCCGGGUGGAGGUUCUAAGCUGAUGGGGAAGCUGCAGCCGCCGCACACUGGGCAGGGCUCCGGGAUUGCUCUGCUCAAAUCUAAUGGGAAAGAGCCCCAAAGCUCACUGGGCGGGCUUGGUUCGGGGGGCUUAUCUGCUGAGAACCUGCCCAAUAUACUGAAGGGCGCCUCCGGGAGCCCGAACCACGGGAUCAGCUGGCAGAGUUCCAUUGUGCAUUACAUGAACCGGAUGUCCCACAACCAGGCCUCCGCAGAGGCCCCCGCCCCGGGGAGGCUGGCACUCAAGUCGCAGGCGUCCGCCAAGACCAGCCUAGGGCUGGACUUAAAAAUGAGAAGCCAGAAGGGAGCUGGGGAGCCGGGUUUGAAUGUUCAAGGAUCCAAAGCGGCCAAGGCACCCGGCAGUGGGGCGGGGGAGGAGCAGAAGCCAGCCUUCCCUGCUGGAGCACAGGCCCUGCACAACGGCAGCAAGGCACCUGUAAAUCCACCUGCCCCAGGAAGCCAGGGCACUUCCAAUCAGGAGCUGAACCUUCAAGCUUUAAACCUGCAGAGUGUCAAAAAUGGGCCAACGGCAGCCGGCGGCGGCAGCCUCCCCCGUCAUGUCUGUGGGGCGCCAGCCAAAAGCACUAGCGCCGCAGCCGCGAAUGUGGGUGCAGCUGCCACCAAGGGCAGUGGGGCGGGCACGGUGCCGAAUGCGCCAAGCACGGGGCUGCUGCCGGGUGUGGACACCUGCAAAACCGAGAAACCCGCACAGAGAGCCUCUGCUGGCGAAAGGGACGUGACAAAAAGUGGGGGCCCCAGCACGGGCGAGGAGGAGACCAGCUCCGAUUCGGAUCGGGAUUCUGCCUCCUUUCCUGGGGUGGGCCAGAACAUGUCCGUCUCCAUCCAGACCAGCCAGGACUGGAAACCCACCCGCAGCCUGAUCGAACACGUCUUUGUCACCGACGUGACCGCCAACCUGAUUACAGUGACCGUCAAGGAGUCUCCCACCAGCGUUGGGUUUUUCAACCUUAGACAUUACUGAACCAGGAAGGGUGUUGGGGGGAGGGGCUCCCACAGCCCCCUCAGCCGCCUCUUUCCCAUUGACGUCACCUGAUCGUUUCAUUGAGUUUUUCUGUCAGGGAAUGCCAGCUGGCGACGGGAUUUGGGAAUGCAGAAAUCCGGUGUCCCUGCCCCUAUAAGCCAAUGGCUACUGAACAGCACCCACCCCGCUUCCCCUAAUGAAGCGUUCUGCUGUUGCUGGUCUCCCCUGGAUCCGUGGAGGCUUCCUGGAGCCAAAAGAGAUUUUCACUGAGGGCUGGGAGGAGCAGGAUACGGUGAGGGCCGUUCUGGUUUUCCGACCCUCUGGCAGGUAGCACCAGCGUCAAGCUAAUGCCGUGCUUCUCUGGUGGGGAUUGAGGCUGGCUGGAGGCUAAAACGUGGCUGAUUAACGAGGCUUCUCUGUAGUUAGAUUUCUU